ACAGGAUCCUUCCAACCAAAAAUGUGGAAGGAAGAAAACUGUGUCCUUCAGCAGCAUGCCAUCCGAGAAGAAAAUAAGCAGUGCUAGUGACUGUAUCAGCUUUAUGCAGGCUGGGUGUGAACUGAAGAAAGUCCGUCCAAAUUCCCGCAUUUAUAAUCGUUUUUUUACUCUAGACACUGACUUGCAAGCUCUUCGCUGGGAACCUUCCAAGAAAGACCCUGACAAGGCUAAGCUUGAUAUUUCUGCUGUAAAAGAGAUAAGACUAGGGAAGAACACUGAAACAUUCAGGAACAAUGGACUUGCAGACCAGAUUAGUGAAGACUGUGCAUUCUCUGUAAUUCAUGGGGAGAACUAUGAGUCUCUUGACCUGGUUGCCAAUUCAGCUGAUGUGGCCAACAUUUGGGUGUCAGGUUUACGUUACCUGGUUUCUCGUAGCAAACAACCUCUGGAUUUAAUGGAAAACAGCCAGAAUACCCCACGGUUUGUGUGGCUAAAAACUGUAUUUGAAGCUGCAGAUGUUGAUGGUAAUGGCAUAAUGUUAGAAGAUACAUCUGUAGAGUUAAUCAAACAGCUUAAUCCUACCCUAAAGGAAUCAAAGAUUAGGUUAAAAUUUAAGGAAAUCCAGAAAAGCAAAGAAAAACUAACAACCCGAGUAACUAAAGAGGAGUUUUGUGAAGCAUUCAGCGAACUUUGCACAAGACCUGAAGUUUAUUUCUUACUAGUGCAGAUAUCUAAAAACAAAGAAUAUUUGGAUGCUAAUGACCUCAUGCUUUUUUUAGAAGCUGAGCAAGGAGUUGCUCAUAUAACUGAAGAAAUGUGUCUAGACAUUAUCCGCAGGUAUGAACUUUCUCAAGAAGGACGGUUGAAGGGAUUUCUUGCAAUUGAUGGAUUUACUCAGUAUUUGGUGUCCCCAGAAUGUGAUAUUUUUGACCCUGAGCACAGAAAAGUUGUCCAGGAUAUGACUCAGCCUUUAUCACAUUAUUAUAUCAAUGCAUCUCACAAUACCUAUCUAAUAGAAGACCAAUUUAGAGGACCAGCUGAUAUCAAUGGUUAUGUCAGGGCUUUAAAAAUGAAUUGUAGGAGUAUUGAACUUGAUGUUUGUGAUGGUCCAGAUAAUGAGCCCAUCAUUUGUAACCGUAAUAGCAUGACAUCACCACUUGCCUUUCGAAAUGUUAUUGAGGUAAUAAACAAAUUAGCCUUCAUUACUUCAGAGUAUCCUCUCAUUCUCUGCUUGGGUAACCACUGCUCAAUACAACAACAGAAAGUAAUGGUUCAACACAUGAAGAAGAUUUUUGGAAACAAACUCUACACAGAAGCACCUUUACCAUCAGAAGCCUACCUUCCAUCACCUGAGAAACUGAAAAUGAAGAUCAUUGUGAAAGGGAAGAAGCUCCCCUCUGACCAGGAUUUAUUAGAAGGAGAAGUCACUGAUGAAGAUGAAGAGGCUGAAAUAUCUCGAAGAAUGUCUGAAGAUUAUGUGAAUGACCCAAGGCUGAUCUGGCUGUGCAGAGAGUUGUCUGAUUUGGUAUCGAUAUGCAAGUCUGUCCAGUACAAAGAUUUUGUGGUAUCUAUGAAAAGUCAGAAUUAUUGGGAAAUCUGCUCUUUCAGUGAGGCAGAGGCCAGUAGAAUUGCAAAUGAGUAUCCAGAGGACUUCGUCAAUUACAACAAGAAAUUUUUGUCUAGGAUAUACCCAAGUGCUAUGAGGAUAGACUCUAGUAACUUAAAUCCCCAAGAUUUUUGGAAUUGUGGUUGUCAGAUAGUGGCAAUGAACUAUCAGACUCCAGGCCCAAUGAUGGAUUUACAUACUGGCUGGUUUUUACAGAAUGGGGGAUGUGGCUAUGUCCUUAGACCUUCUGUUAUGCGUGAUACAGUAUCUUACUUUAGUGCAAAUACAAAGGGCAUCGUUCCAGGGGUCUCUCCUCAAGUUCUACAUGUCAAAAUUAUCAGUGGUCAGAACUUUCCAAAGCCCAAGGGAGCUUGUGCAAAAGGGGAUGUCAUAGACCCAUAUGUUUGCAUAGAAAUUCAUGGAAUUCCUGCAGACUGUGCAGAACAAAGAACUAAAACUGUUCAGCAAAACAGUGACAAUCCUAUUUUUGAUGAAAGCUUUGAGUUCCAAAUAAAUCUACCAGAACUUGCCAUGAUCCGUUUUGUUGUUUUGGAUGAUGACUAUAUUGGUGAUGAGUUUAUAGGCCAGUAUACCAUACCACUUGAAUGUUUACAGCCUGGAUAUCGACAUAUACCCUUGCGCUGCUUUGUUGGAGAUAUCAUGGAGCAUGUUACACUUUUUGUUCACAUUGCAAUAACUAAUCGAAGUGGAGGAGGAAAAGCACAAAAGCGCAGUCUGUCGGUGAGAAUAGGAAAGAAAGGAAGCGAGUAUACCAUGCUGAGGAACACAAGCCUUAAGAUUAUAGAUGAUAUCUUUAAACUAGCAGUGCAUCCAUUACGAGAGGCCACUGACAUGAGGGAAAACAUGCAGAAUGCAAUUGUGUCUGUUAAGGAGCUUUGUGGACUCCCUCCAAUCGCCAGUCUGAAGCAGUGCAUCUUGACUUUGUCCUCACGGCUCAUAAACAGCGACAAUACUCCCUCUGCCACUGUCUAUAUGAAAGAUACAUUCCCUUACCUGGAGCCUCUGGGGACCAUGCCUGAUGUGCAGAAAAAGCUUAUGGCUGCAUACGAUCUGAUGAUUCAGGAGAGCAGGUUUCUUAUUGAAACAGCAGACACCGUUCAUGACAAGAUUGUUCAGUGUCAGAAAGCAGGCAUGGAAUUCCAUGAAGAACUUCAUAACCUUGGGGCAAAGGAAGGUUUGAAAGGAAGAAAACUAAGCAAAGCCAUUGAAAGUUUUGCAUGGAAUAUCACUGUGCUGAAGGGACAAGGAGAUCUGUUGAAGAAUGCCAAGAAUGAAGCCAUAGAGAAUAUGAAGCAGAUCCAACUGGCCUGCUUGUCAUGUGGACUGAGCAAAACUGGAAGUGGAAACAUGGAUGCAAAAUCUAAACGAUGCCUUGAGGCAAUAGAGGAGAAGGAUACUGGGGAUGAGAACGGCAGGCUGUGAGAGAAGGCAGAGCUGUCAUAUUUGUCAUAUAUUUCAAUAACUUUAAACUAUUUUUUUAAAGCAUUUAAAAUUUCACACAGGAAUGCCUUCUUGUAGGGUGUUGGAAGUAUUAAAUUCCUCACAAUGUCAGUAUUUUAAUGCAGUUAAUUUAUCUAAGUUAAACUCUUUAGUAGUGAAAUUUCUAAUAAAUCCAAGGAGUGGGUGGGGAGUGUGAAUGAGAGAGAAAGCGUGUGUGUGGAAUCCUAGAAAAGCCCGUUUAAGAGUUGCUUUAUCCAUUUACUAAUUUAUUCUUUUGUCAUCUUUGAACAGACAUGUUAAUUCUGAAGAUCAAAACAAAUAGAAUACUUAUUGUAUCAAUUUUGUGCUUCGUUUGACUUUCCUGCCUUUGUCAUUUAAUUUACAACUUUUAAUAUAUUCUGUUUAAAUUAAACAAAACAGAUUUCACUAACAAAUAACCAUUUGUUGUAAGGGUGAAAUUAAUGGAUUGCUACAAAUCCUCAACAUCAUUUUUAAUGAUCAAUGAAAAAUAAGUAAAUGAAAUAUUAAACAGAAUUUCUAGAUAGUUCCUGAUUGGAUUUCAGAUGGACAUUUCAUAGAAUUUUAGCUAGUCUUUGAAAUACAUGCGUCUGAAAUACAUUCAGAUAAUACAUAGUAAUGUAAGAAAUAGCGAACUUCUUUCAUUCAAGAAGGUCAGUGCAACAUUUUAGCUCAGCAGAAUGGCUGCGAUCUUUGCAGAAAUGCAUUUAACUUGUGUAAUAAUAAACACAGCUUCUGCCCUCUAGUUAUGAAGUGAGAAUUGUGAGCAUUCAUCAAUGAUAAAAUAACAUGACAGUGAUCUUCAGUAAUUCUGAAAUAUUAAUGAAUGCCAAUAUUUGAAGGAAGGUUAUAGACUUCACAAACUGUGAGCUUUGUAUGACAUUUAGAGAAUGGGUUAAUUUCUUCUUGCCUUACUCAUACCAGUGAUCCUACUUAAGUCCGGUGAGUAAAGUAAGCAGGAUUUGGCCACAGUGUGUCAGUUUUAAGAAGUAUGCCCUGCUAGAGAUUUGAAGUAAGACUGCAGAAUUGCUGAAGAUGUAGCAUAGAGAAAUGGCUUGAAAAAACAGGGUACCAGCAUUCUUGUGCAGCAAUUAUAAAUGUCAUGCCACAACAAAUCCUUAUGGUAGUUUUGAGAAUUAAUUCCAUUAUGUUACUGUACUGUCAUUUAAUGUACACAGAAGAGAUGCAGGACAACAAAUGAAUCCUUAUCCUGUCAUCCUUAAUAGGGUCCUGCUCAUGUAUUCUCAUGGUGUUCAUUUCAGUCUUUUCAGUAUUGUGCUUAAGUGUAGUAUUUGUGUUACCUUUAACAGAACUCAGUGUUCUAUGGUUAUAAAAGACUAUAUUUAUUUAAAGCAUUGCUUUUAUUUUGAAAAGCUACUUUUUAAAUUAAUUUGAUUAACAAAUGUGCUAAUUUUCUGAACUUAACAAAAGGUAAAUUGUUGGAAGUUUGGCCGUCUGAAAAUCUUAUAUAGCUCCUGUGUUAAGUUAUUUUUGACUUCUUAAUAACACUAUUAUGUUCAUGUUGCACAUUACUGAGAGAGUAAAGCUAUGAAACAACUGUAACCCAUGUUUUUAAGUGAUUUUACACAGAAGGCAAACACUGAAAACUGAUUAAGAGCAUGUGUUAGAAUUUGGGUGAGCUGUACAUAAGGUUCUGUCCUGUCUUGAAGCCCAUUAUUUAAAGGAUUAUAACUCAGUUGCCUGAAACUUGAUUAUAUACAGUAAGAACCAGGUAUUGUUUCCCCCACACACACACGCACACUAUGUUAACCAGUCAUUUAGGUCUUUGAUUUGUGUAUAUAUAUAUUUGUAUUAUAGUUUCCUUGUGUGACUUCAGGUGGGAGUUUCUUUUGGGUGCCAGUCAAGGAAUAAAUAACCCCUGCCCAAAUUAAUGUAUUAAGCAUGCAUGGACAAAUUCUUCCUUUAGAUUCUGUUUUAUCAAUUUCAACAGGAAUUAUGUAUAUGGCAAACAGAACUUGGCGCUCAGAGGUUAGUAUCCAAUGGAACAAAAACUGUUAAGCUAACUUUAUGCCAGUUAUGAACACAAAUUAUUUUAGGAAUGAUCUAUGUAAUGGGAAGGGUUUCUUUGGAAGAGAACUCUGUUCCCUGUGCUAUUUUCUUUUAAAAUGAAAACAGCCUUAAUUUUUUUCACUUUGCAAGUCAAUUUGAUACUCCUUCAAGAACUGAAAUUUUUUCUCGCUCUCUGGUUUUAUAAAUUGCCUGGGUGGUAAAAUAUAGACAAGAGCUUGAUUUACAAGUUGAAGUUGGCAAAAGCAGGCACUAUACAACAAUGUUGAACUCCCUCUAUACAGAUGGGGCGGGGACAGAAGAUUGUUGGAAAGGCCUCUAAUCACAUGUACAUCCAUCUUUCAUAACAGUUUUAGGGUGCAUAAAGUGUAUUGGAAAUUAAAGAACAAAUCUUAAACCCCGCUCAAGUAGCCAGGCUGGGUGCUGGGCAGAGGGUGCUGGGAAAGAGAAAUCCUCCCACUGCUUUAGGAUGUAGAACAGUUGGGGAGCUGCCUCACAUGGCUGGAGUAGCCUCCAUGCUCCCUCUCCCAUAGGUACAGGACCAAGAGAUUAAUCCCCAGGCCUGCCCAGGCUCUUCUCUCAUCUGCCUCUGCUCAUUAAUUUAUCCUCUUAAAAGCUUUAUGUGCCAUGCAGUGUAAUAAAAACUCUUCCUUGGAGAAAGGGACGUGGAGGGAUCAUGCCCAGCCUAACCAGCAGCAAUACAAAUGAGACAAGCUUUCUAAAGAAGAGCUCUGUGUAAACUCAAAAGCUCGUCUCUCUCACCAACAGAAGUUGGUCCAAUAAAAGAUAUGACCUCACCCACCUUGUCUCUCUAAUAUACUAAGGAUAGUAAUGCAUCAAUAUGUACAAUUAGUUCUGGCUAUUAUGUAAAAUCGCAGUCUAUAGUUCAUCCAAAACUGUUGGUGGAUGCACAUCUGCUAGUGCAUUCUGGUGCUGAGAUUGCAGUCUCUCUCUCUCUCUCUCUCUCUCUCUUUUUAAUCAAAAUAAAUUUUUACCAAAUUUUCACACACCUGUUGCCCUACUCCUGGGCUCAGCCAAUGGAAAUAAACAUGUGCCUUCAUCACAUGAGGUCAGGUUAACAUUAAAGACAGCCUUACAUGACUUUUUUCGAUAUUAUUUGCCCAUGGUUUUUAUGCUAUUUUAAAUAAUCUUACAGCUUCCAAAUACAAAUGCAUCUCAGGCCAAAUGUCAGAUCCUUGCAUGUCCCUCCUUUUUUAGUCUCAUUUCCCUAAAUAUAGUCAUCAGAUAACUGCAUGCACAGCGAGAGCUUGCCUGUAUAAUAACCCAUCUUUUCGUUUUAUCCCUUCAGACUAAAACAUUAGGUCAUAACCUCCUUGGAUUCCAUCCCAUUCCCAGAGCAAUAGACAAUGUCAUCACUCAAGACACUGAAAGCUAAAAUGUUUUAUAAAAGAAGCUGAAGGCAGAGGUUAUGGAGGAGAGCGCUCUUCUUCACCAGUGCUUAUUUUAGAUAUGGUGAUGGUACCAUAUCUUACUGUUACAGACAUGUACAAUAGACCUACCACAAGAUGUCACAACUGUAAUUAACUUGUCACUACUAUAUCUCAGUCUUAUUUCUUGUAAAAUUAGGCAUAUAGGAGGAACGAAUAAUAGCAAAGAAUGAAAACUUGUCUAGGUACUUGGGCACUAACGGUGGUAUAAUCGCUUCAUGCACCAGACUUUCACUUCUGGAGAUCUUGCUUUUUAUUUCUUAGGAGAAAUGAGAAAUAAAUGUGAGAGGGAAAAACAUUAUGAAUGGAAUGACUGUGACUAUAUCUCCUAACCAAUCUGCAGCUAGUCAAAAUUCUCUGUUUAGGAGGUGCCUGACUGGAAAAGCAGAUGAGUGUGAGCAGUCAGAAUACAAGUCUGUUGAAAGAGUUAUGUGGGGAAAUUGUACAGUCCAUCAGCCGGACUCAUAGUUUUGAAAAACUACGAAGGUUUACUUCUACACUGAAAAGUGACUAUAGCACCUUGUGACUGAACAGCGCUGCUCGCUGUGAUUAUUCAGCAUCAUAUCUGCCAUCUUUACUGACUAAAAUAACAUUUUACUACCUAGUGUUAGCCCAGCAGAGACAAAAUAGCUAUGGGGGAGUGAGCUGGAUUGUCUCUGGCUUAUGGAUCUUUAAUAAAAUUGUUAAUUAAACUCCAACUGCAGGGCAAAAUACUGUCCACAGUUAGACUGUUCAACCCCAUUGAAAACAAUUAAUUUGGCCAGCAGAAUUUUUAUUGCUGGUGAUGAUUCACGAGAUGAAGACUACAGCCUGACUCUGCAGGGCUGACAGCCCUGGAACAAAACCCAUCUUUUUACUUGUGAACUAAGCAAAUUGAAAGUGGAAGUCCUUGAGAUACAGUAACUGCACUGGAUGUGAACCUGGGUAAAUUAGAAGCACACUUUGGACUCAAUUUAUUGAAUGAAGGAAAUAAUCAUUUUAAAUAGAGCUGAGUAAAUAAUUCAUAAGAAAUACGGACAAAUUUCAUUUUUUGUGACUUGUCAAAACACAGACCAUUGUUUUCUCCCAUUUGUUACUUGGAAUUCUCUCCCUAAUAAUUUCUGAUCUGUAUCCUAUUCACAAGCAGUUAGAUGAGAGUAGUCAAUGUUCAAUAGUCAACUUUAAUUGAAGGUGAAGAUGACACAGUAGGUUUAUCUUUCCUGAUUGGAUGAAUGUAACUCUUAACAUGAAGUUUCGGGUGUGCACACUUGUGGUUAGAAAUGUGAAGUUCACAGUCAGUGAAUAUUCUGCCAUAUUUCUUUAAAAUAAACUUCUUUGGCAAACA